AUGAGUCAGACAGCGCAACCACGUCCCCCUCCCUUACCACAGCCUGCUGCGCGAGGCUGGCGGUUCUGGACCAUCUUUCCUCCUCUGUGCAUCGCCACCCUCUUCUCGGCCCUCGAAUCGACGGUCACGUCGACCUCGCUGCCCGAGAUCACCUCCUCCCUGAACGCCGGGUCCAACUACACCUGGUUCGUCAACGGGUACCUGCUGACCUCGACGGUCUUCAUCCCCUUCUACGGGCAGUUCGCGCAGGUGUUCGGCCGGCGGUGGCCGGCGAUGGUGGCCGUGGCGAUCUUCACGCUGGGCAGCGGGAUCAGCGGCGGGGCGAACUCGACGGCGAUGCUGAUCGCAGGCCGGCUGGUGCAGGGGCUGGGGGGCGCGGGGAUCGGGACGAUGACGAACCUGAUCAUCAGCGACCUGGUGUCGGUACGCGAACGGGGCAAGUACCAGGGGAUCAUCUUCGGGACGUUCGGGAUCGGGAUCGCGAUCGGGCCCGUCAUCGGCGGCGCGAUCGCGCAGAGCGGGCACUGGCGCUGGGUGUUCUGGCUGAACCUGCCGCUGGGGGGGGUGACGCUGGUGCUGCAGUUCAUCUUCCUGCAGGUCACCUUCCGGAGGGUGUUCACCUUCGCGCAGAAGAUCCGGCAGAUCGACUGGAUCGGCAACCUCAUGCUGAUCGGCGCCAUGGUCGCCAUCCUCAUCGCCCUCUCCUGGGCCGACACCGUCUACGCCUGGUCGGACUGGCACAUCCUCGUGCCCUUCCUGCUCGGCUUCGCCGGCCUCGCCGGCUUCCACGCCUUCGAAGCCUGGCCGCGCUUCUGCCGCGUGCCCACCAUCCCCGGCCGGCUGUUCCGCAACCGCACCAGCGCCGUCACCCUGAUCAACACCUUCCUGUCCUCCAUGCUCACCUACUGGCGCUCCUACUUCCUGCCGGUGUACUUCCAAGGCGUCCUCCUCGUCUCCCCGCAACGCUCAGGCGUCCUCCUCCUCCCCAGCGUCCUCAUCGCCGCCCCCGCCGCCAUUCUCUCCGGCGUCGCCCUCUCGCACUUCGGCCGCUACAAACCCAUCCACAUCCUCGGCUACGCCCUGAUGACCCUCGGCACCGGGCUCUACAUCGACUACGACGCGGACUCCUCGCUCGCCAAAGUCGUCCUCUACCAGAUGAUCGCCGGCUUCGGCGGCGGCAUCCUGCUGACCACCUUCCUCCCCGCCGUGCAGGGCGCCAACCCCCCCAAGGACCUGGUGCCCGCCUCCGCGACCUGGGCGUAUCUGCGGGCCUUCGGGAGCAUCUGGGGCAUUGCCAUCCCUUCCGCGAUUUUUAAUAGCCGGGUCUCGUAUUACGUGCAGUCCCGCGUGUCGGAUGCCGCGGUGCGGGCCCAGCUGGAGGGCGGUGGCGCGUAUUCGCAUGUCUCGGCGGCGUAUAUUAAGGCCUUGCCGGACGGGGUCAGGCAGGAGGUGGUGGGGGCCUAUACGAGUGCCAUGCGGAAUGUGUGGGAGGUUUGUGUGGCGUUUUGUGCCGUCGCGUUGCUGUUGACGUUCCUCGAGGAGGAGAUUCCCAUGCGCACGGCGGCGGAGCAGGGGGAUUCCGCGUUGAAGGAGAGGAAGAAGAGGGAGGCGGAGGGGGAGGGGCCAGGUUCACGACGUGACGUUGCAUGA